GAACUGAGCUGGAAAUCUGGUUCAUAGGUUGGUCUGCCAGCUGAUAAGUAGACGGCCGGUAAGUGGUCAGAAUCAGUGUCUCCAUUGUUGCUGAAGUGGGUAUUAAAGACAGUUGGCAGCUUUCUCUGGUGAAGUCUGAAGGCCUCCGGAGAGCGCAUUAAACUUGUAGCUGUUGGAGGUCCGUAAAAACACUCUGAAUAAAUAAAAAACAAGAUUAUUUCUGUUUUGAGGGAAAGCCAUUGAAAAUGCGUCUGGUGAUCUGUGAUACCGUUGAUUACGUAGCGGAGUGGUCUGCUAAAUACGUAAUGAAGAGAAUCAACGACUUUCAACCCAAUGCGGAUAAGUAUUUUGUCCUUGGAUUACCAACUGGUGGAACUCCCCUGGGUAUGUACAAGAAACUCAUCGAGUACUAUAAAGCUGGAAAAAUAUCCUUCAAGUACGUGAAAACAUUCAACAUGGAUGAAUACGUUGAUCUGGCCAGAGACCACCCAGAGUCAUAUCACUAUUACAUGUACAACAAUUUCUUUAAGCACAUUGACAUUGAUCCCCAGAAUGCUCAUGUUCUUGAUGGUAAUGCACAGGAUUUGGUGAAGGAGUGCGAUGAGUUUGAACAGAAAAUCAAGGAGGCUGGGGGAGUAGAGCUCUUCAUUGGAGGGAUUGGUCCCGAUGGUCACAUUGCAUUCAAUGAGCCGGGCUCAUCCUUGGCCUCCAGAACCCGUGUAAAAACCCUGGCACAAGAUACUCUGGAGGCAAAUGCCCGAUUCUUCGGCAAUGAUAUCGAUAAAGUCCCCAAGCAGGCACUCACCGUUGGAGUGGGCACUGUAAUGGAUGCGAAGGAAGUCAUGAUACUCAUUACAGGCUCCCACAAGGCUUUUGCACUUUACAAAGCUGUCGAGGAAGGGAUCAAUCACAUGUGGACUGUCUCAGCAUUUCAACAACAUCCUAGAACUCUCUUUAUCUGCGAUGAGGAUGCUACACUUGAGCUUAGAGUCAAAACUGUUAAAUAUUUCAAGGCACUGAGCGAAGUACAUAGUAAACUCAUCGAAGGAGACGAGCACACAAUUCUUCCCCGUCGUGUGCAAAAUCAAUGAACGUGUGGUACAAUGCCAACGCAGUAAUCGAGGAUACCUGAAGGCACCAUCGAUGAUAUUUUUUUAAUGAAAAUAAAAUUAACGAUUAAAUGCUCUUCGUGCCCAAUGAAAAUAAAAAUAACAGACGAAUACUCUUUGAGAGUUCAUACGACUGCCAAGUGCGAAGUAUUUUUUAAAUAAUUCCUACAAAAACUGAAAAACGAGAAAUAUACAGAACUAUUUUACUACACCUGUAGCAUUUAUAUGAAUAAACAAUUCUUCCAGAUUA